AUGGGAGGAAAAGGAAGGAGACGAAGAGAGAAGAACUACAAUGCAGCGCACGGAGGCUACACAAGGCUGCCGCCACCACCUGAUUAUUCCCAAGCCGACGCUUUGCCCUCUAAACUUCGCAAACUCCUCGCCUUCACUAAAUCUCAUGACCCUCAAGACUCUUCUUUCAAGGUCGCAAAAGCUGCUGAACGAAAACAGAGGGAAAAUGGAGUUGAUGCUGCUGAACCAAAACCCACGGAUGAAGUGGACUUCGAGACUGGUUUUGAAGAUGAGGGUGAUGCUGAGAAUUUGGAACCUCAACAUACAGAUGAGAAGAGAAAGAAGAAAAGAAAGAGAAAGCAAGCGCAUGACCUUCGGUUUGAAACAGAAGCAUCGAAGCAAUCAGAAACUCGUCUAAAAAGAAAGGAGCGCAAGAAAAAGUACUUGGAAGCAAAGAAAAACAAAAAGAAAAAGGGCAAGAAAGAAGAGAAUAUAGACUUUCCUGGACGUGAGGAAAUCAAAUUUGGAGACGUAGUUCAAGCUCCUCCAAAGUUGGUUGUGCCGAAGGCAUUGAAGAAUGUACAAGAUGCUUCUAAGGAGAGGGUUCGAGUCAAGGCAAUCGAGGCGUAUAGGCAACGGAAAGGAUGGAAUGCAAGGCCAGGAAUUCAGCUUCCUCCGCCUGUGACCUCAACAGCAUUGUAA